UUGGUAUUUUUGAAGCAUAUCAUUAAAGGGGAAAAAUAUGGAGGAAUCAACAAUUAUUUCCAAAAAGAUGAUUAAGCCAUCUUCCCCUACCUCUUCUUCCCUUAGACGUCACAAUUUUUCUUUCCUUGAUCAAGUUAAUUGUUUUGAAUAUAUCCCAAUGGCCUCCUUUUACUCCAAACCUCAAAAUUAUAACAUAAACCAAAUCUCAGACAUUCUUGAAAAAUCCCUUUCCAAAGUAUUAUCCUUUUAUUAUCCCUUUGCGGGAAAAAUCAUGGAUAAUAAAUAUGUUGAUUGCAAUGACCAAGGUGUUGAGUAUUUAAAUGUCCAAAUCAAUUGUCCAAUGUCUCAAGUUCUCAACAAUCCCUAUGUUGAAGCUCUAGAUGUAGUCUUCCCACAAGAUUUGCCUUGGAAUACUACUUCCUUGGACCGAAGUGCACUUGUGGUCCAAUUAACCCACUUUAAUUGUGGUGGACUGGCAGUCAGCGUAUGCAUAUCACACAAGAUUGCUGAUGGAUAUAGUAUAGGUCAAUUCCUUAAAGAUUGGGCUUCCACAACUCGAGAUGAUCAGUUGGAUUUCAAACCAUCUCCUUGGUUUGGUGCAAAUUCUCUAUUCCCAUCAAAAUUAGAUGACCCUCCAAUUGUAAACGGAAUAACUCGUGAACCUCAACGAUUAUCAAAAGCGUAUCAUUUCUCAUCCUCUAAUUUGGGUAGGCUCAAAGAUAUGGUUGUUGCAACGAAUUCAGGAGUAGUACAUAAUCCAACUAGCAUUGAAGUUGCCACAGCACUUGUUCAUAAAUGCGCAGUAGUAUCAUCAUCAACAUUAUUAUCAACCGAUGAAAAUCAUCCUCCUACUACUACUAGCAUGUUUAAACCAUCUCUAUUGUGGCAUGUAAUGAACUUACGUCCACCAUUGCCCCUAAACGCCAUUGGAAAUGGUACUUAUUACUUUACCGCAAUAGCAACAAGUGAAGAUGAGAUACAAGUGCCAAACUUUGUUGAUCAACUAGGAAAGGCUAAACAACAUGUUAAGGACAUGUUGAAGGACAUAAAUAUAAAUGAGCUAGGCUCGCGCGCUCUUGAAGAAUCCAAAGUGGCUAAAAACAUAAUGGCGGAUGAUGAAUAUUAUUUGUGCUCAAGCUUUCGCAAUUUCGGGUUAUACACGAUUGAUUUUGGAUGGGGUAGGCCCAUAAGAGUGACUCCUGCAUCACAUCCAAGGAAGAAGACACUUAUUUUCUUGGAUGACCCAAAUGGAGAUGGUUUAAAUGUACUCAUCACUUUAACUCAACAUCAUAUGUUACUAUUUCAGAAUAGCAAAGACCUCUUGGAAUUUGCUUCUCCAAUUGGAAUAAGUCAAAAUAUUAUAUAA